CAACAGAAGAAGACUACUGCGCCAGCUUUCGUUGGAUGUGGACGUCUCUAUCACUUGAUUAUCAGUGAUAAAUUUCCCCCGUUCUCUCUGGGACGCUUGUCCUCAUCUAUUUUGCCCGCCGGGCACUCUACAGGAGGGGUAGUUAUUCAUCGGCUUACUUUAGCCAGCUUCGAUUUUUCCGCUCUGCGAAUAAUUCUUUAACGGUCUUUGGUUGGAAACCGGUUACUGUUCUCAGGUGGGAGUGUGGGCGUCCCUCUCUGCUGGGGCUUGGCAAGGGCGUCCACCGGACCUAUCUCUGUUUACAGAGGAACUUUUGUUUCUUUUCUUUCAUCGCCCAGCCUUGGGCAUCAAAUGUUCGUGGUAGCAGCACCAAGUGUGGCUGGACACAGCUGCUGCUGUCAGUAGCCCAUAUAAACCCAACAAAGACAGCAAGAACAGUGGUGGUGUUGUUAGUGUUAACUUAUAAUAAGACAGUCGUCUGGAGGAGAACAAACCUACAAGUAAACCACACAUAACCUGUAUCCUGAAGAAGAUCAAAAAGACGUACAAGACAGAGUGAGAGCUGAGUGGUAGCAAGCUCCUGCAAGUUCAGUUAACAACCACUGAGGCAAAAUUUUAUGCGAGGAGAUGCCAGAGCCAUUUUCUGAGCACUUAGAAGCUCAAGCAAGCAUUAUACUACACCCUGGAUCACGAUAUCUGCGUAUAGGCCGUCCUUCAGAUUCUGUUCCUCACACCAUUCUCCAUGCUAUUGCUCGCAAGAGACGUAGUGGCAUUCCUGCUUACAAUGACCCAUUUUUGGUUCCUCAGGCUAAAUUGGAUGGAGAUGCUGUACAAGAACUGGAAGAAUGCCGUCUGAAAGUCAGUCACAUUCUGCAGUCCUCUCUCAUGUCAGAUGGGUCCCGGCGCUUCGCAACACCUCCCCAGCAGAUUGCAGUGUAUAAUAAGCGCAUACAGCCAGUUCAAGAUGAGGAUGGAGAUCCCUCGCCUCCCUGGGUGUACACUGACAAAGAAUACAUAGUUGGUGAUGAGGUAGAUAGUUUGCAUAUCUUAUUAUUUUAUUAA